AUGACGUAGGCGGAAGUGGUUCUGAUUGCGGAAGUGGAGCUACAGAUGCUGGAGGCGCUGCCCACUGAAGCUCUCUGCUCUGGGACCUCUUCAUUUUGAUUUCUUCGUACUUUUGCUUCAGUUAUAUGUACGUCUGUUUACAGCUCUAUCAGUUUGUCUCCUCAGUGUUCCUGGCUGAGCUGUCGUGAUGGCGGACCACAAUGACACCAGUCUGCAGCCGGAGGAGCGAGUCCGCGCUCUGACCAAGAAGGGGAGCUCGGUGGAAGUCAACGAAGAUGUGCCGCCGCGCCGCUACUUCCGCUCCGGCAUGGAGAUGAUCCGCAUGGCUCACAUCUAUGCAGAGGAGGGCAACAUCGAGCACGCCUUCGUCCUCUACAAUAAAUACAUCACUCUCUUUAUAGAAAAACUUCCCAAACAUCGGGACUACAAGACCGCUAACAUCCCUGAGAAGAAGGACACACUAAAGAAACUGAAGGAUAUUGCGUUCCCUCAAGCAGAGAUUCUGAAAAAAGCCCUUUUGCGGAAAUUUGAACAAGACUAUGCACAGCAUCUUGUCAAAAAGAAAGCGGAGCAGGAGGCCCUGGUGCAGGAGCAGUCCAAGCAGCGGGCGCUGGACGCGGAGCGGGAGCGCGUGGUGGAGAUGCAGCGUCGGCAGCGGGAGCAGGAGCAGUUCAGUGCCUUCGAGGAGAUGAUCCGCCGCCAGGAGCUGGAGAAGGAACGCCAGCGUGUUCUCCUGGAGUUCGCCACGCCCUCCGCGCCUGCCACCGACACGCCCCUCCUUCCGGGCAUCCAGGGUCCCCCCCCGCAGGUGUCCCCAACGGCCCCGCAGAGCAAAGGGGACCCGUCUGACGGCAACAACCACCAAUACGAUCGCCCUCCGGCAACCGUCGGCACGCCAACCGCCAACAUGCCCACCUUCGACCGGUCGCUCAAGCCCGGGUCUCUGGUCAGCCCGGGGAACAACAAUACAAUGGUGGACGCCGUCCGGCAGCUGGCUGUUCCGGCUGAGCUGUGCCGGAGCUUUCUGAGGCUGGCCGAGGCCAACACCAGCCGAGCCGUAGAAACGUGUGGCAUCCUGUGUGGCAAACUGAACAGAAAUGCUUUCACCGUAACCCACGUCAUCGUGCCGAAGCAGAGUGGUGGACCCGAUUAUUGCGACACAGAAAAUGAGGAGGAACUCUUCCUCAUACAGGACCAGUACGAUCUCAUCACCCUGGGCUGGAUACACACUCACCCCACGCAGACGGCCUUCCUGUCCAGCGUCGACCUCCACACACACUGCUCCUACCAGAUGAUGCUGCCGGAGGCCAUCGCCAUCGUCUGCUCGCCAAAGUUUAACGAAAUCGGUUACUUCAGAUUGACGGAUCGAGGAACAGAUGAGAUCUCAACAUGUAAGCAGAAAGGCUUUCACCCGCACAGCAAAGACCCUCCUCUGUUUACACACGCGGGACACAUCAACAUCACAGAUGACACCGUGUCCAUGAUGGAUUUGCGGUGAUUUUCCUUUUUUCACCAGAACACUCAGACUGUUUUAUCAAAGUGCAGACAUUUAACCGGAGAAAAAAAAACUCAGUUUACGUUCAGGACGGUACCGAGCAAAACGCCGACCACGAGUUGACCAUUUCUAUGGACUCCAGUUGUUCUCUAAGGAAACAACGUUAUGAACCUUUUCUUUUUUGUUUUUUGCUCUGUAAGAAAAUAAAUCACAUAUUAUUGCACUUUCCAAGCAAACAACUACUAUUCAUUCUCAAAACCUCUGGCUCUUCAACCCCUUCUGUUUUCUGUCAGUAUGUGCUCUACUUCCUUCCAUUCAACGUUUUGUUUUUGUCAUUAAUAAAGAAAUAUAUGUUUGUCAGUGUCUGUUAACACAACGUUUGUUUCAUAAUUUCCAUCGAAGUUUGGUUCUGCCUGACAGAUAAAAAGUGCCACGGAUGAGAACGCUCGCUCGCUUGUUGAGGAGUUCAUUGUGCAACAUGGUGUUCAGAGUGAGAUCCGUAUAAUCUCUGUUGUUUUGACAUCGUGUGUUUUCGUCAUAAACUGUUGAAGUGCUAUGAGUGAUGGGAGAAGUGACAGCCGGUUGUAACUCAGGUAUGCAGGCGGCGUUGCUGCUCUGUGUUAUAUUUUUUUACAAGCAACCACCAUCACUCCACAGUAUCCUUUAUCUAAAAAAGAGUUUUGCUUUAAUUCCUGCUUCUGAUGAAUCCACAUUUCACAUGUUUUUAUUUCCUUAAUGUGUCCGUGUUCAGAGGACGUGUGAUCAACGGGAAACCUGAAUGUACCUUCUGCUAAACGUUACCACGCAUCACUAACCGACUGACCACGGAUCAUGACUAACUGGUUUUUCUUGUUAGAAGAAGCAAAUGAUUAGCCAUAACAAUGAAAAAUAACUUCAGUGAAUUAAAU